UGACCUUACGGAUGCGAUGACCUGUUCAAAGUAUAUACUGAUAUAUACAAAGUGCAUAAUGUUUACACUUUGGCAUCAACAUUCCAUUUACAUUCCCAAAUUUAAAGGCAUAUAUGCUCAUCAAUAUUUGAUUCUUCAAUCUAACUCUAUCUUUGAUCAAUAAUUUUAUUAAUUCUCAAUCAAACUAUGGUUUGGCUUUGGGCCACUUCCAUGACAAUCUCUUCCAUCUUCUUCAUUUUCGUUCUCUUUUUCUUAAUCCUUCGGUUCUUCCGUAAAACCUCUGCACUUCAUAUUCUGAAACGCUGGUGGCUUUCGUUUGAAAGCCGUCUUCAUCUUCACCAAUCCUUCAAAAUUCCGCUCUACGAUCAUAAUUUCCGAGAAAAUCAGCUUUACCGUAAAAUUAUUACUUACCUUGAUUCAUUACCUUCCGUUCAGGACUCCGAUUUCACCAACCUCUUCUCCGGUGCCAAUCCCUCUGAUAUUUUCCUUCAUCUCGAUGCGAAUCAAACCGUUCACGAUACUUUCUUAGGAGCUAAGCUUUCUUGGACGAACAACACUGUUGCCGGCGACUCCGCUUCUGCGCUCGUUCUUAGAAUGAAAAAGAAAGAUAAGCGUAGGGUUUUUCAGCAGUACUUCCAGCAUAUUCUAUCUGUAGCAGACGAAAUUGAACAGCGAAGGAAGAAGGAUAUAAAACUGUUCAUGAAUUCCGGCUCCGGGGAAACAUAUAGGUGGCGUUCGGUUCCGUUUACUCAUCCGGCAAGCUUCGAAACGGUGGCGAUGGACGUAGAACUGAAAAACAAGGUUAAAACAGAUCUGGAUCAGUUUCUGAAAUCAAAGCAGUACUACAAUAGAUUAGGCCGCGUUUGGAAGAGGAGUUACCUUCUCUACGGUGCUUCCGGUACUGGAAAAUCUAGUUUCGUAGCUGCUAUGGCGAAGUUUCUCUGCUAUGACGUUUACGAUAUCGACGUUUCCAAGGUGGUGGACGGUUCCGAUUGGAAAACGCUGUUGAUGCAAACAACGCCGAAGUCAAUGAUCUUGAUCGAGGAUCUCGAUCGUUUAUUAGCGGGAAAAUCAACGGCUGUUAACUUAUCAAGUGUAUUGAACUUCAUGGAUGGGAUAAUGUCCUGUUGCGGUGAAGAGCGUGUGAUGGUGUUCACGAUGAAUGGUACAAAAGAUGAAGUUGAUCAAGCGGUGUUAAGACCUGGGAGAGUUGAUGUUCACAUACACUUCCCCUUAUGUGAUUUCUCCACCUUUAAGAUUCUAGCAAAUAGUUAUUUAGGGUUGAAGGAACACAAGCUUUUCCCUCAGGUGGAAGAGGUUUUUCAGACGGGUGCACGGCUCAGCCCGGCGGAAGUUGGUGAGAUUAUGAUAUCGAACCGGAAUUCGCCGAGCCGGGCCUUGAAAACCGUUAUAACCGCUAUGCAGGUGCAAUCCAACGGGCAGGGGCAGAGGUUGAGCAAUAGUGGGUCGGGUCGGAGCUCCGAUGAGGUUAGCGAUGCAAAUGGUGUGAUAUGUAGAGAGAGUGUUCAUACGGUGAGGGAGUUUCGGAAGUUGUAUGGGCUUUUGCGUUUGGGAAGUAGGAGGAAGGAGGAGUCUGGUUAUUCGGGUCCCAUAGAGAAAGAACCGCCGCGCAUAGAGGGUCGGGUCGGAUAAAAUGGGUCCGACUUUUAUUUUUUUUCUUGGAAAAAUGUAAAGUGGCUUGACAGUUACUAUUUGCUAGCUGCUACUAACAAUUAUUGCAGGUUUUUUUUUUUUUUUUGAUAAUUCACAUUACUUGUUGUAUGUACACAGGAAAAUAAUGGUUGGGCGGUUAGGUAGAUUAAACUAGAAUUCAUAUUGUUUGUUCUAUAUUCAACACCUGGUUUUAUUCUUUGAAUUCCAUUUUAGGGUUGAGAAUCUA